CAUCCCUCAGGAGCUGCGAGAUGGAACACUGAAAUACAGUCAGUGCCAAAUGUUUGACCGCAACUACUCAACUCUACUGGUGCAGAUCGAAACUGAGGAAGACCUGGAUCGUCUGGAGCAGCAAAUAUCUGCCAUCAACCUGUCUCUGUCCACCACAGGAUGUUUGCAUGGAUGGAACUUUGACUACACGCAGUACGCUACUACCAUUGUAACUGAGUGGGAACUCGUGUGCGACAGGGAUUUCUACACAACACUAGCGCUAGUUCUCCUUGGCAUUGGUGGUCUCAUAGGCAACUACAUUUUUGGAUAUCUACAAGAUAGCAUAGGCCGUAGACCGGCUUUCUUCAUUUACCUGUUCAUUGAGUGCUUCUUCGGGAUUGCGACUGCGUUUGCGCAGGACUUCGUCACAUGGAGCGCCUUCCGAUUUGGGGUUGGCUUCACGGUUCCUGCCAUACUUGGGACACCGUACGUGCUUGCAAUCGAGCUAGUGGGGCCGGCCCGAAGGACCACAUGCACUGUUCUGACCAACAUCGCCUACUCAGUCGGACUUGUUGUGCUGUCUGGAGUAGUGUUUCUCGUCCGAGAUUGGAGACAGCUCUCCCUGGCAACGUCGAUCCCUUUCCUGUCGUUUUUCCUGUACUGGUGGGUACUUCCGGAGUCACCAAGAUGGCUGCUGGCUCGAGGAAGGUUUGAAGAAGCUGAGAAAAUUCUAAAGAAGAUGGCGAGAGUGAACGGCAAGCCACUUCCGGGCAACUACAUGGUGCAGCUCAAGCGCAAGUUCCAGGUUGAACGUUACGUGAAGCAGAAGGAGAAACACCGCCAUUACGGCGUCCUAGACCUCGUCAGGACGCCCAACCUGCGUCGCAAGACAUUAAUCAUCACGUUUAUCUGGUUCACGAACACUAGUGUCUACGUGGGGCUGUCGUACUACGCCCCGGUACUGGGGGGCGAUGAGUUCCUCAACUUCUUCCUGGCCGGGGCAGUCGAGCUGCCCACGUACGUGUUCCUGUGGCCCGCUAUGGACUACUGGGGACGCCGCUGGACGCUGUGCGUCAGCAUGGUGAUCGGCGGGGUGGCGUGUCUCGCCACCUUCCUCGUGCAGAACGACACGAGAGUGACGCUGGUCCUCUACUGCGUCGGCAAGAUGGGAAUCUCCUCCUCGUUCGUGGUUCUGCCGCUCAUGGCUUCAGAGUUGUACCCGACAGUGGUCCGCGGUCUGGGCAUGAGCACCAGUUCAGUGGUCGGCAUGCUCGGCCCCGUCUUCAUUCCUCUAAUCGUCUAUCUGGGUGAAGAGAUGUUGGUGCUGCCACUGAUCGUAAUGGGGUCAUUGCUGGUGGCGGGUGGCGCUUGCAGCCUACUCCUGCCCGAAACUCUGAAUCAGCACCUUCCACAGAGCCUGGAGGAUGGUGAGAAGUUUGGAAAAGACUGGAGCUGGAGGAACUUGACAACUUGCUGUCCGUCCAGGGUAGGUGAUGUCGUGCCUGAGGACAAACCCACAUCCAUAGAAUCGCCUUUACGGAGUCUUAUUCAGCAUCACAUUUCAGAGCCGAAACCUGUGACAAUAGUUGAAGGAGCAACUGCAGAAACUCCUGAUACAACAACAUCAACAACUGUAACUAUAUCUGAAUCAGCCGCUGACAACCCGGAGGAAACUAUGAGAAUAACCGUGGUUUGACAACUCAUGUUAUGGCACCAUAUCAUAACCAUAAACCUGUUAGGUGGCAGUGUAUACUUCCAUUUAGAAGCACAGCAAUUUAAUAAAA